GUUGUUGAAGUUUUCCUCUGAACUUUACAUUCCGUGCGGACCAGCCCCCCCGUUCAGCAGCAUGCCUCUCUCCAACAAGUGGUGGAUUUUGUGCGCAGUUUCGAUCUCCUUUCUAACCCGUUUUGGGUCUUGCAGAAAAGUCCACGGCGUGCCACCUGAGCCCUUCAUCUUCAAUGAGUUAUGCGCCCUGAAGGACGAGGCAGGGCCGUGCAGGGCCAUAAAGGACAGGUACUUCUUCAAUGUCAACUCAGGACGCUGUGAACUGUUCGAAUAUGGAGGCUGCGGGGGAAACAAGAAUAAUUUUGAGACCUUGGAAGAAUGUGAGGAAACAUGUCUCGUCUCGGAUGACAAGAAACCAUGUCAUUUACCGGAGGCUCCCGGUCCUUGUCGAGGGAUGGUGUCACGCUAUUUCUUUGACAGCUCAAAUCAGCAGUGCAGGCGAUUCUAUUACGGCGGCUGUUUUGGCAACGCCAACAAUUUCAGGACGAUGGCCGAGUGUCAGGCGAAAUGUCUGAGCCCAGCACCAGAAGCCAGUUCUCCGACAAAAAUUGCUGUUGUUCAGCCAGCCAUCCAGACUGGGGAACUAAGUGUGAGUGAACCUGUGGUGCAAAUGAAUGACACCAAUCCAGAGACAAACGAAUUAAGUCGUUCAGAGCCGUGCUUCAGACCUGUGGACAGGGGGACGUGCGAUGGUGCAGAGAGGAGGUUUGCAUACAACCCGGAAAAAAAGAGAUGCCAGUCGUUUUCCUACAGCGGCUGUGGAGGGAAUGAGAACAACUUCAUUUCCCGGAAACACUGCAUCCACAAAUGCAUCAGAAAGGGUCAUGGGAAGGGGAUGAUGAUCCGAAUAAAGAGGAAAAACAUCAACAGCAUUGUUAAUCGGUCGAGCUGAGCGCGUCCCGCUGCAUGAAAUUGUGUUGUGCUGUGAGCUGUAUUUAUGCCAAUAUAUCUGUUUUUGUUUUGUUUUGCUUUACGCAUUUCUUUUUUUUUAAUCUCCUUUUUUUUUGUAUUGCAUCAGCGUAUCGCAAGCUCUUCAUCCUCAUCAUUGUUUCUCUUUGCAAUAUGACUUUCUGGACUUGUUGAAACCUGUUUAUUAAUGGAGACAUAAUCUGACAAUAACUCGGUUAAUUUUAUUUUUGGUCAGUUACACUACACUGAGCUUGCACUGCACUGCACAUCCAAAGCAUUUCAGGGAACCAUCAUUAAGAAUGUUCAUUAAAGCAAGAUCAUUAGAAGAAAAGACUGCAGGAUCCCCCUGUGGUCUAGACACAGGCGGUGGUGGAGGACACUAAGCAGAUGGUGAUGAUGCUGAGAGUAGAGAAUUCAGAUGAAAUGCCAGGACAACCUACACUGGUGGAGACAGGGAGGAGGAGGGUUGCAGGGAUAAAGUUGACACACAUUUGACAGCAUGAAGGCCAAAGUAACAAAGAAAACAGAGCAGCCAAAGGAAAGUUACAGAACAGCUCUUUCUUACUUAAACUGCACACAUUUUGCAUUAAUAGAGAGUUAUAUUUUGAAGCAAAAGUGUGACAAAGGACACUAAAGAGAGGUGACAUCAUAAACUCACAGAUGAAGGUGGGAAAUAGUGACGGGAUCCUGAAAAGAAACUCACAGGGGCAGAAGGUUCGACUGUAGAGGAUAAUAUUUCAUGGAAAAAGAAAAGCUUCAUAAACCAAACUGAGGUAGCCAGCACUCUUGUGUCUUUCUCAUUUACUUCUACUUCUUCAGUUUUUUAAACUGCAAAGAGUGAGAAAAGUCACAUAUAGCUUUAUUCUGUUUGUCUGUAAGUGUCCCUUUGCUGCUCAGACCGCUGCUGCUGCCACGACCUUUAAUAAAGAGCUGCCAUACAUGAAUGAAACAUAAGGGAUAUGCUGAAUUUGCUAUAGCUAAUUUACCCUAUAAAUGAUGGCUAUGUCUUUAUGAUGUCCUUUCAAUAUUAACUCACUCAGAAAAGGGCAAGGAUAGCAUCAAAUAACAAUAUUACUGCCUCUUAUUACAAGAUAUUAAAGUUUAUAACCUUUGCAGCAGCCUGAGCGACACGCAGAGACGCAGGAAACACGUGCUUUAAUAUCACAGCAGGAUAGUCAUAUUAGCCAUAUUUUCAAUCAAAAGAAAACAAAAAAGAAAGAAAAUGUGUGAGUUAUGAAACUAAUGAGUUGUGUCACCCACAUCACCAAAGUAAAAAGGAUGGAUCUGCAUCAUGGAAGCCUUCAGGCAGUCCUGCAUUCAAACGCUUUCAACCAAAUGAUCAGCCAAUAAUUUUUACUGCAGUAUCAGCUUUAAUGCAGGCUACAUAUUAACAGCAGGAGUUUAUUUUUUCAUAUUUCUCAUUAUUACCAGGCUUUAUAGUUGAAUAAAGAGCGACUACUUAAAGUAAAUCCUGCAGAAGUGCAGCAUUUCCUUCAGAGGUCACAGAAAAAUAUAACAGCCUGUAUAACGAGUUUGAUAUAAUUGCUAAACUGUGCUACUCAGCGUCUCACGUUGAUCUGUGGACCGCCUGACUCGGGAUACCGGCUCUGGUGUAAAACAUACUUUUAAUCACCUUAAACCGAUUUUUAGUGGCUGAACCUUAUCGUCCACAUUGAUUCUAUAGCUUACCGACAAAAAACACAUUUGUUUGGCUGAUUUUUUAAAAACUCAGCAGCUCUGGGUACUAAUGCUUUGCGUUGCAGUUAUAUUAAGCACACAUAUUUUUUUUUAUGUCCUUUUAUUUUUACAAUCAGUUAGGACCAUUCUGAUUUAAACUCCUCACUAUAGCCUUAAUGGGAAUGCGUCUGCUGCAUAUUUACUGUGUGUGUGUACAGCAGCCGAUGCUAUCCCACAGCGGUGUUGGUAUAGUUUCUCUUCAGUUUGAACAACAGCAUUAAAGUUGUGCACGAUCCUUCGUCCAGAAUCAGUUGUGGAUCUUCUGCAAUCAGGAAAACCUCACAGUUGUAAAUCAUUGUGAGCAGGAUAAUGACUCUAUUGUUGUCUGUUAUCGACUCUUUUUAAAAAAAAUUUCCAAUCAAUAUUUUGAUGCUUUGUAAUAAUCCUGUAGGUACUGUUGGUAAGGAAAAACAGAAGGGGGCAGUGUUGUGUAAAGAAAGACGUUUUGUGAGCAGCAGACUGUGCAGUGUUUGUUUUACUGUGUUGUUUACUGCACAUGGUUGUAAUGGAUGGGACUGAAAGAGUUUAUAUAAUAAAGUUCAACAAUCGUACUGUG